UCACCUCCUGCCGACUGGCAGCUCUCUACCUGUGGAGGGUCACACACACCCAGCCUGCGUUAAAAAGCGGCCCUCAUCCCGGAGGCAGGCACACAGAAGGGGGACACAGACACCGAAGCACCGAGGCACCGACAAGCGGAGACAGACCAGGCCCUCCAGGCCCAGCACCCGGCUUUAGAGAGACGGCUCAGCAAGGCUGCCAACAUUCAAAAACCGUUGGACUCUGAAACAGUAUUAACGUAAGACAAUAUAAAAUAAACUUUCAACGACUUAGUCAAUAGGAAAUUCUCCAUCGAGGUCUGUGAAUCGAAAAAGAAAAAAAAACCCGAGCGUUUCUCAAGUUAGACCUAUGUUCGCGUUUCGAGGAAAAAAGUUUUCUUGUUAAAAAAAUAUUAAGAAACAAUUGUGCCGAGAGAGAGACAGAGACAUCUGAGUCUUGACUGUUUGCUGGUCAAAAGCUUCGCAGGCCACGACUGACCACCAAGUCCUGAGGCGUCAACCAGCGUCAUCCCUCGCUAGUGCUCAACCGUUGAACAAAGGAAGAACAAACAAGCUUACAGCUGCUCUCAUUCAAAGGAUCCAGUUGAAGAAAGGCGAGCCAGACACGACAAUGUUGGGUUUAUUUACUCUCCUCCUCAUGCUAGCAACCACCUACUUGUCGGCAGUGGUGGGAGUUGUCCUUAAAAUCCAGCCCUCGUCUGAAGAGAGAGUCGCGCUUCACGGUUGAUGUCGACGGGCUGAAAGAAAACCUCGCUACCAUGGCUGACGGGCUGGAAACCUUUCAGAAGCGGUCAUGUGAGCUGGGGAUCAACAGCCACCACUGCGCUCUCGCGCAUCUGGAUGACGUCAUGAUGGCACGUGACUUCCUGCGCAGCGGCUACAGCCCAGGCAAGCGCAGUGCUGACCUUCCUGAAGACUUGAGCAGCAAACUGAGAGAGCUUCUUGACGACUUAAACCAUCAGAUGACAGAAGUCACAAAACUGCGACGAAUGCUGGAUGAUAUCAACACACAGCCCAUGGAAACCAGCAAGCGCACCUGUCAGUUCCGGUUGGGUAACCACUGUCUGACAGAAGCACUAGACCGUGCAGCCAGUCAGUAUUACUACCUGAAGUCGGCCCUGUCCCCCGGACGUCGCCGUCGUCAGGCGCAGGAUAACGACAACAAGAUGAAAGACAACAGACAAGGCUCCAACAGGCGACGAUGAACAGCCAACACCUGAACACGAGGUGCAGUCCUUGGAGGGUUACUACAACAGCAGCGACAGGUUUGUGACCCAGUAGCUGUCGCCCUCUGGGGACAUCUGUUGCUGACGUCACAGCGCCUGCCAGCCCUCGGUGUACACGAAGGAUUUUCUCUGGACUGCAGCGUGCUCACGGAGGUCUUUAACUACGUACAGACCGUGCUGGGAUCUGAUGUACUAUCAGUACAACUAUCGACAACAAAACUAUUGGGGAAAGAGGGUCUUUUAGUUAAAAAAUAUGAGUUUCUUCAUGUUCUGAUUAUUGCAGAAGUAAACCACAAGUAAUCGGUAG